AUGUUCCCUAGUCAUGACUUUAACGAAAUCAUGCCCACAAUUUUCCGUCGCUUUGUUGAAAAGGAAGCUCAUGACUGGCGUCAGAUCUACAAAGCGCUCCAACUACUCGAAUAUAUUGUCAAGAAUGGCUCCGAACGUGUCGUCGAUGAAGCUCGUGCUCACUUGUCGACGAUCAAAAUUCUGCGCAACUUCCACUACAUCGACGAGCAGGGAAAAGACCAGGGCGUGAACAUCCGUGCUCGUGCAAAAGAAUUGGCUGCCCUGCUGUCCGAUGUCGAUAUGAUCCGCAUGGAACGACGCAAGGCUCGUGCGAACCGUGCCAAGUACCAAGGGGCUGGUAGCGCCGACUUUGUGCCAGGUAGUGGUGGCGGUCGUUACGGCGGAUUUAGUAGCGACGCAUAUUAUGCGAGCGGCGGUGCUUCCGGAGCCUAUGGAAGCGCUGCUUCGGCAGCAUCUGCACAGCCUGACUUUGAUGAAUAUGACGCAGGCGAUGAUGAGACUCACACGGCACCUUCCUCGGUAACUCAGCCAGCUCCGGCUCAGACUGCUGCGUCGACACAGGGUUCUGCUCAGCCAGCUGUCGCAGACCUUUUUAGCUUCGAUGACGAGCCUGCCCCUACACCGAAGACUGCCGCUUUGACUUCCGAAAACGAUGGCCUGGGCUCUGCUGCUGGGUCCUCUUCCUUAGCAGAUGCGGACGACUUUGACGACUUUCAGUCGGCUUUGCCAUCCCAGCCUUCUUAUGCAAGCACAAAGAGUCCAGCUGGCUCGACGGGAUCGUCGACGCCUGCGGGACCGAAGAACAAUGGCGCUCUCUUUGACUUGCUGGACAAUGCGCCCCUUACUUCAUCCUCGACCAAACCCGUCAUGCCAAGCGUACCUGCACCAUCGCGGUCUCAAACGCAAGCUCGUUCUCCAGCUCCUGCACCAGCCCCCCUUUCUAUUCCUCCUCCAGUGUCCUCCUUGCAGCCAAAUCCAAAGCCAGCAGUCAUGAAGCCAACGUCGACGCCGACUCAAAAAGCCCCAGCUUCGUCUGCAUCGCUCUUUGACGAUUUGUGGGCAGAGUCGCGUGGCAGCGCUGGGGUGACAUCCAAGGUAGGCAAUAACAAGAGUAUGGCACAGCUGGCAAAAGACCAGACUAGUCAUUCUGUCUGGGGAUCAGCACCGUCGGGCCGAGGUGCACCUGCAUCGACAUCGACAUCGUCGGGCGCGUCAAAAGAUUUGUUUGAUUUGCUGUGA